UGGAACUCGGUGCAGGCGGUUGUGCUCCUGUCGCCGUAGACAGAACAGACGCAACACGGAUUCACUUUAUCGUCUGCUGUUAGAGAUCAUUUUCUAAACGGAAACCAGCUGUCGGGCUUCAGCAACAAGCAAUUGUUUGGGUGUUCAGGGAUAUUAUCACCUUCAUUAACUACCGCACCCUCCUUGUUCGUAAAUCCGACAGACUCAUUUCGGAGUUCGCUCCACCGUGAAGCCAGCCGCACCACAUGCCUUCAAUGCUUUCGGUUGUUGCGAGCUUUGUUUUGUCUCUUCGAGAAACCGGAGUGAAUGGGAGAACUCAUAUCGAGUUCAGAAGAACGAACGUAUGACAAUCAGCAUUUUUUUUGUAAUGGUAUUAGUAUGAGAACAAGAUUAGCACUGUCCGAAGAUGACUUAUUUUCUUCCUAUUUCCCGUGAUUUUUAACCUCUCCGCUGCAGCUAGUCUGCCUUUGGACUUUUCUUUUAUUGUUGAAUAUGCCUCUGGUGAAAGUUGUGAGUUAUCAAACGAAGGGACUGCUCUACGGCUUUUACUGCACUGUACAAUAGAUGAGUGCGGAAAGUGGAAGCAGUGUAACUCGAGGCGGGGUUAAAGUUCAGCUCUAUGGGGUGGUGAAGCGUUGGUUGCAGUUCGCAGAGUUGGAAAUGUGAAAGCAAGAAGCAGGCUUUAGUUUUUCCCUCUCUCUCCCUUCUGUCUCUCCUUUUUUUUCUUUUCAAAACACGGACACAGCCAUCACGGACACAGCCAUCACGCAUACACGGGCAAACACGGACACACACCCACACAUAAUUCACACAUACACACACACUCACUCACACACCAUCACACACAUAAACACGCAGACCCGUUCGUGUAACCCAAACACACACACAUACAUACACCCUCCACAUCCAAGAUUAGAUACAACAGAUAUGUAUUCUCCGCUAUGCCUAACACAGGAUGAAUUCCAUCCUUUCAUCGAAGCACUGCUGCCCCACGUGCGAGCGUUUGCCUACACAUGGUUCAACCUGCAGGCCCGCAAGAGAAAGUACUUCAAGAAGCACGAGAAGCGCAUGUCUAAGGAAGAGGAGCGCGCGGUGAAGGACGAGCUGCUCAGCGAGAAGCCCGAGGUCAAGCAGAAGUGGGCAUCGCGCCUUCUGGCCAAGCUCCGCAAGGACAUCCGGCCCGAGUUCCGGGAGGAUUUUGUGCUCACCGUCACCGGGAAGAAGCCCCCGUGCUGCGUGCUGUCCAACCCCGACCAGAAGGGUAAGAUGAGGAGGAUCGACUGCCUGCGUCAAGCAGACAAAGUCUGGAGGUUGGACCUGGUCAUGGUGAUUUUAUUCAAAGGUAUUCCCCUCGAAAGUACUGAUGGCGAAAGGCUGGUAAAGUCCCCACAGUGCUCGAACCCAGGGCUGUGUGUGCAGCCUCAUCACAUUGGAGUUUCUGUGAAGGAGCUCGACCUCUACUUGGCCUACUUUGUGCACGCAGGACUUGCCCCCAGUAAACGCAACACUCCACCGCACAGCACCUUCCCGUCUCUGUAUGCAGACACAAAUGUUAUCUGUAGCAGACACCCAUAAUUUCAUCAGUGGUCAAUAAAGCAGUAGUCUGGGAAAACCGGGACAACUCUGCCAAAUUUCUCGCACUGGCCCGUCCCUUCGCUGUUUUAAGAUGGGCCAGAUUUUGGGGAAGCUCGCACUGCGAGACGACAGAGUCAGUUGCCUAAAAAAACAAUUAUCUCCAUCACGAUUGCUCAGCACGUUUUCUAUUUCAGACUAAUUCAACAUGGGCUGCUGUUGGGGUGAGAUAUCACUUGAAUUAUUUUCCUGUUUUCUGUGCACAACAGUGUAGUAGUAUAUUCAUAUAGGUGUUUGGCAGUUGAAUGAAAAACUUGGCAUGGAGCAAUUUUUUUAGUUUUUUGAGCUUCUGAACCUCUUAGAAAUUCGGAAGCAGUCUUAUAAAUACACAAGAAAAUUAACUAUUUGGUAAAUAUAAAAACCUCCACAUGAUAUCAAAUUUAGGGCUCUAUAUUUUAUUUCUCUCCUGUAUUUGAAAGCUUUGAUUAAACCGUGGAAAAUACAUAAUAAUUAAUUAACUAAUGAAUUUGACAUGGUUUUAUGUUUUUUCCCCUUGAGCUGAAUCCUAAUCUAGAAAAACAAAUUUUGCAAUUUAACAAAAUAUUCUUGAUGCCUUUCCACAGUUUGGAAAAUGUUGUGUACGUUUUCACCAUGAUAUUAGUAGUGCUUGUUCGAUGAAAACUCACCCUGAGAGUGAAGUCCAGUGCAAAUAACCAAUAGAGAAAUUGUUAAUUGGCAAGAGGCAGCAGGGGCUCGUUCCUCCACUGGCAGCAACACAAACACCAGCUAUCACGGUUUGGAGAGAGCUCUGUUUCACCAGGCAAACCGAGCACCUUAAUUACAAUCAUUUCCUCUGUACAACAAAUGGUUUUGCUGAAGCCUAAGUGAGCUAGGCAUGAUAUGUGCCCACAUUGACAUUCUUAUAGCGACAUAUUUUGUAGACUGUUUUCAUAGCUUUUGUACGUUUUUUUGUUGUAGAUUUUUACGUUAACAGUACUGCAAUCUCAGUUCAAAAUGUUGAGGAAGGUUGUGUAGUGAUUUUGGCCAAUCUGAAUAAAAACGUGUGUGAUUAAAAUGA